GGAAUGCACUUCCUUGACAACAAAGCUGCCGGUGACAUGUGAAAGGCUGUGAUCAGGAAGCAGCUCAGUUUAUUUGAGAGCCAGAUGAUCCAGUUUCUGCUGCUGUCUUGAGCUGACAAGGAUCUCUUGUGCUUGUGAGAGCACCUGCAAAGACAUGUCACACAGCAGCUUAACUACCACGAAGCAGCUGAUGGUGGUCAUAUCCACAGUGGAGCAAUGGUUCUCUUUGAAAUCUCUGCCACAGCAUACCUCUGAGGAGAAACACUCCCAGUUAACCUUUAGUUCUCUGGGAUCAAUUCAAGUCUGCGACUUGACAGUGGAUGGCCGCUUGAUCAGCUUGCACUAUGCAGAUUUAAAACAAGACAUGACAGAGGAAGGCAUCAGCCAGGCACUAGAAGGCUGCUUUAAGUCUUGCACAGAUGGAAUCAGUACAUUUCUGCUGCUGAUCCAAGGUGGAUAUUACACAAAGAGGGAAAGAAGAAUGAUAGAGAUACUGCAGGCACACUUUGGAGCUGAAGCUUUAAAAUACCUGGUGGUGCUUUCUUUGGAAGAUGGAAAUAUUGCUGACACACUGGAUGACAGCCUACUGGAUUUGAUAAACAUGUGUGAUGGAAGAUACUGCCGAAUCCCAUCAUCUGCAGCAGGCGACAAACUGCAAGCUCUGCUCGAGAUGGUCGACUACAUGCUGAGUGAGAACGGUGUGACCGGCUACACGGAAAACAUGCUGGCCAAGGCCAGAAAAAGGAACACAGAAGACUCAGCCAUGAGCAUUCUGAGACAGAAGGUGCAGGAGGCCGCCGAGAAGGAGCAGGCCUUCGAGGAGCUGGUUAAACUACACGAGGAGAGGCGAGCUAAAGAAAUGGAGGAGCUGAAGGCAAAACAUGCUGAGGAAAGGAAGAAGGAAGCAGCUGAAAAAAAACAAUAUGAGACAAAAAGAGAGGGCCUGGAGGAAGCUGUGAUAAGCCACAGAGCCAUGCUGCACCUCCAGAUGAGUGCCACUGAUGAUGAUGACACAAACAAGAUAUCACUGAUCCUGCUGGGUCUCUCUGGCAGUGGGAAGUCUUCUGCUCUGAAUCUAAUUCUAGAGAGAGCGGGUAAUCAAUACUCAAUUAAUGAGUCUGGUCAUGAACCCCCUCAGUCCACCUUGUCUUGUGAGAGAAAGGAGGUGUUUGCAGCAGGAAGGAAACUCAUCCUGGUGGAUACUCCUGAGCUGUGGGACGAGGACGGGGUGGAAUAUCUGGAGCUGGUUAAGGACUGCUUGGCUUUGUCCUUACCUGGACCUCAUGUCUACCUGCUGGUGCUCCAAAUGGGACGCUUCACCCAGGGGGAGUGUGAAAUGCUCGGGUACCUGCUGAAGAGCUUUGGACGAGACUUCGCCGAGCACGCAGUCGUCCUCUUCGUUCGCUUUGAUGGCAACCAGCACAGGCCUCAAAAGAUCAACGACUAUGUGGCCGGGGCCCAUGCAGCCCUGCAGGGUCUCAUCCAGAAGUGUGGGAGCCGUUAUUAUGAGCUGAAUGUCACAACGUCCCAGAAUGCUCUGAGCUAUCCUCAGGUGAAAGACCUCCUCUCAGGAAUCAACAAACUGGUCGCUUCACAUGGAGGCCGCCCCCACGCAGUGAAGAGAUUUUCUGUGCAGGAGCUCCAGGAGAGGAAGAAAGUGAUUGAGGAGGGGAAGGACGGAGCUUUGGAAGUGAACUCUUUACUGAGAGAUGCUUGAUUUGUACUGUAUACUCACAGGCAGGGGGUGAACACAAUUAAUGCAACAGACCUGAAUUUAAUAUCAUGAAUUUAUUUUUGUUAGAGAAGAGUUUAUUCAACCAAGUGGGAUCAGACCUGUGGGAAUUAUGACUUAUGUUGCAUAUGUUUUAAAUGUCUUUUAUAUAUUUUUUAUGGUUUGUUUGAAGAAAAUCGCCACACGCUCGACUUCAGAGGGAAUUAGCUUUCUAUAUAUUUAUAACAGACAUUCAACUCUCAGGAAAUUUAUGCCCAACCAACACAGCCAAUCAAGGUUGGUUAGCAAAUCAUACAUGAUUAUUACAUUUUGUGAAUAAAACAAAUUCGUAAUGGUGGUGGUGGUGAAGAGCAGAACACACACAUACUUUGUUUGUCUGUGCUGAGCAGAGAGACGAGGAAAAGAAGCUCAGCUGCAGAGACCUUGUCUGACAAGCUCAUGAGAUUUACUUGUUGAUAUCUUGAUUGCAUAACAAUUACCUCCUGGAACGCUGUCAGCAAACUCAAAGAACUGCUCGAAAACAAGACUAAUGUUAAAGUUGUUUAGAUUUUGGUUAUUGUGUAACUCUUAAAUGGUUUCUGUUUCGGAUGACUUAUUAAAGGUUAUUAAAACUAUAACACAUGAAUAAUGUUUUUAUUUGUUAUGUACAGUUCAUCUUUGUACUCACACUUUAAGAAACCUUCUGUGUUGAUGUUUCAUCUCUCUUUCUUUUUGUACUGCAGCUGAUACUCGUUGCACAAGAUACUAAACAAGACAGUCGUGACAUCUGAGUGUGAUCAGUCGUAUUUUAUUCAUUCAUUUAUAAAGUGAUAUGAUAUAUAUGAAAUAUAUGAUUCUAGGCUAAUCUGACUUUGUACAAGUGGUUAUUUGUUAAACUGGAGAUCAAUCUCUAGAGCCAUGCAUUAGCUGAAAAUGAGAAAGGAACAC